AUGGAUAUCAAGACACGCUUCGAAGACCUCUCACCUGCCUGUCUGGACGUCCUACUCCCCAAGACGCCGGAUUUCGAUGCUGCGAAUGUGCUUCGUAAUGGCUCUCCUGAAGCCCUCUCCCAGGUGCCGAUGAGGCGCAACCUGUUCUUUGGUAUUGUACCGGAAACUCGCCCGAUCGCCCCAGAUCACUGAGUCUUAGCGAUUUAGACGAGCAAGCAAACGUCUUUGUGAUACUCCGAACAGCCAGGCCCGAGGAGGAAGUGCGCGAAGUCCUGCCGCAUCUGGAGUUUGUCCUUGCUGCGCAUGCUACCGAUGCUGUUCCCCAGGGCAGCGGAAAUGCUGCUUCUGCCUCCGGAAAGCAUGACUUGAACUCCAAGUCUUUUCCUGCGGCAUCGUUCGCCAGCGUGCUUUCGCUCGAGGACACGACAUACAUUAUCUGGAAGCCAAUCCUGCAUCUCGCUCGUCCACGCGCCAGACUUCAGAGACCGGCGAUAUAUUUCACCGUUGCUCUGACGAUAAGCAACAACGUUCAAAAAGGGCCUCGUCAAACUCAAGAAGAAUAUCUCAAGAGCUACGAGCCUCUGCCUGUCAACAUUCUGGAGCCAUUGCAAUUCGAUCCAGCUCUGAGCCGAUCGAAUGUCUACUUACCAGAGUCGAGAAUCACAAAAGUCGCUCCCAAGGCACCAAAUCUCCAGGACGCCGUAAAACCCAUCCGCGGUGCCUCGAAACGUGCCUUUCCUGCGAUACCUGCGAUUUUCAGUAGGAUCAGAUACACAGUACUUGCGGAUGCCACCAUUGCAAGUUUACAUCUGGAAACGUCCCACGUUAUAGCUGGAACAGUCACUAUUAGUGAUGUGAAGCUGAGUGUUCCAAAUGCCAAGGUGGAACAUCUCACGAAUGUUGCGCUGCCGCUCGAGACACGCGGAGGAGAUGAGACCAUCACACUCUACAGACUGACUCUAGGAAAGAUGGCCAAGGGCGCUGCAUCACAGAGAAUGUCACCCGUCUCUGUCUCGAUACUUGCAAACGCUUCUUUAGACCAAGGGUCUCACAUCACUUUCAAUUCCAGCUGGAAUACACAGGUCGAUCUGUCGCAGACCUCGACCAAACCUGUCUACAAAUGGUCACGGCCGCUCAGCACAUCAUCAGGACAUCGAAGAGGUCACUCCUCAUCAUCACACCCUGGACCUGUGUCAUUUGAAGAGCCUCAACGACGCAUGGAAGAAGACGCAGGUAUAACCUUUCGCUUCAGUGCGCCUGCAACGACGCAUAAAAGUACCAAUUUUCAGCUCGAAGUUCAUUGCAACAAUCACUCUGGUCGAAAGCGCCGAUUUGCCUUGAUCUCGAUUCUUCCCAGCAGGCCAAAAAGCAUGACAGCUCAGUCAACCGUUGCCAACACCGACUUGAUCGCGAGCAUAUUCAAUGCGCCUCCUCUGGAAAAAGCUAAGCUGCCAGAUGUACUUGAUCUGAAUCCUGACGUACGCAUAGGACCACUUCCUUCUGGUGCAUGCUUCGAAACUCAUCUCAAGUUUCGAGCGAUGACGACUGGGGUGCUGGAUCUGGGAACCUUGCGGAUCGUGGACUUGGACAGUCGGCACACAGUCGAUGUGAAGGAGCUGCCUAACAUCGUGGCGCUUGACUGA